AUUUUGUGGGUACACAACUGAUGUAUGGUAUGUAAACCAAUUGGGCAGUAUGUAUGACUGGCUUUGGUUCGACUAUGGAUAUACUCCUUGGUCUGUAGAUGUACAUGAUGAGCUAAAAUAAGGCGAUGUCUACCAGCUGAUUUGGAGGCAGAAUAUCGAAAUUGGUAUGCUCAACAGAACGCACAGACUCUCAUCAGCUGGGCCGAUUGCAGGCAGUGAGAAUAUUGAGCUCACAAGGCCUUCCAAGGCAAGGUAUAAAUUCAUCAAUUCUGUCCCAUUCUGUUGUGGUCGAAAAUUAUGUGGAAGUUGGUGAGAAAAUUCGUUGCAGUGAGUAUGAUCUGCUUUUCUCUCAUUGGCUGUUUGGUCAUCUGGAUAACCAAUGAGCCUAAGCCGGACAAAGGAUAUCACUCGAAAGACAAAAGAUCCAGGUUCUUUGCUCAGAGGCCGUUGCUGACGUCGAAGUGCACGAGGCAACUUCAGUUGUGGACAAAUGCAAAGAUUCACGGUUAUUCAAACGAGCCCUUCCGAUUUCAGUGUCCAGGUGUUCCUUGCGAAGCAUCCAUCGUAGCUAACACCAACCUCUCGACGACCAAACUGAGCGAUGGAGUGGUUUUCUUUUCUGAUGCGGAAUGGGGGUGGGAUAAGAUGCAUUCUGCGCGCCCGCAUGGUCAAAAGUGGUUGUUCUACAGCCGAGAAAGUCCCACAAGGACCCGUCCCGGUGUUAUGCCACCAAUAGAAUACAAUAAUGACUCCUAUGAUUACACAAUGACUUAUCGACAAGAUUCUGAUUUUCCUGCUGGGUUUGGUUAUUAUAAUGACACAAACCCUGAAAUAGAAGCAGACGAUGAUCAAAACUGGGCAGCAGAAAAAACAAAUAUUCUGAUCGCACCCGCGGCAGAUUGCCAACCGGCGACUUGGAAGCGUGACAGCUUUAUCAAGGAACUGAAAGAAUUUGUACCAGUUGACCUGUACGGGGAAUGCCCAGACCCCGAGAACAGGCCAUGCGAAGAGUCCGAGGGAUGUCUAGAGAAAUUGAGAUUUUACAAGUUUUCACUUGCACUGGAGAACAGUCGAUGUCGCGAUUUCAUCACAGAAAAGUUUUUCAUGAGCCUUGCGAGCGGGACGGUGCCUAUUGUCGACGGACCACCCCGCGAAGACUACGAACGGGUCGGCCCUCCAAACUCCUUUAUCCACGUCAGUGACUUUGGGUCCGUUCAGGAACUGGCGGACUAUAUCAAGCUUGUAGACAGUAACGAUAAACUCUACAAUCGCUUCUUCGAUUGGAAGAAGCGAGGGAAGGUGGUCACUGUCAGCGUGGCGGAUCUUUUUGGUACAAAAAACAUAUGCCCCAUUUUCCAGCGAAUGUACGAUGACGAAAUGAAAGGAGCUAGCAUAGAUUCAGCUAUAAAACCAAAGAUGUCAAAUUGGGAAGAAUGGUGGCUGGGCUCAUGCUCGUAUUAACUUGAAUCAUAUAAAUAUUUAAAAUGAUGAAUUUAAUCUUAAUCGAUGAAAAAUUGAAAUGUACCGUAUGCUUAUAGUUUAUGUGAUCUGUAACUAUGAUUUAAAUCUACGGUGCGUCCUUUAACCUGAAAACAUGUUAAGUUAUUAAAAUCUUUAAUAUAUC